UAAUAUUUAAAGUAUAUAUAUAUCCGGUGUGUGAUAUUUUUAUGUAGAUAAAAUGUUUCCAUUGGUUUGUUAAAAAAAAGAAAAAAAAACCGCUAUCAUACUUCUAUUAUUAGAUAUAUUUGACCUCUUUUGUUAUGUAUACAAAUAAGUAACAUAUUUAAAUGCAAUAUUAUACAUGAUCAAUGCAACAAACCAUUAUCAUUUCGGAAUAAGUAUGCUUUAUAUGUCGGCUUUUAACUUGGAUAAAUUAAUACAUUCGCUUAUGCAAAACUUGGGUUAUGGGAAGUCAGAAAAAAAACAUUUCUUAACCUGCAUGGAUAAGACAUAUAAGAUACAAAAUGAGAAAGUAGAUAUUUGUGAGAAAAUGAAAGAUGUAUAUCAAAGUAAUCUUGAUUUUUCAAAUCCUUAUGACAUAGAACAUUUUAUGGAAAAGCACACAAAUAUUUUCGACAAAUCUGUUUAUUCAAGAAACAUUCCAGUUCUUGCACCUCAUUUGAAAAAUAUUAAUACAAAAAUUAUACAAAAAAUUAAUAAAAUAAAAAUACAAAAUAAUGUUACAGAUAGUAAAUAUAAAUUAUCAAAUUCUUAUAAGAAGAAUUCUCGCAUUAAGAAGUAUCAAGGAACCUUAGAUAGUAAAUUCAGUAAACACACAUUAAAAAAUAUAACUUCCAAACAAUAUAAUCAUUCUUUAAAGAACUGUCUACAACAAAAUAAUAAAAAUAAAUAUAAUGGUAUUACCUGUAAUUUAACAAAUAAUAUGAUAGAGUAUGUGGAGUAUGAAAAUGAAUUAAAUAAAAAAUUAUUAGAACUUUAUACGAAAGAUGAAGAUUUUAUCAAAAAAUAUAUAUAUAUAUCAUUAUAUAUAGCAACUGAGAAAAUUGAUUGUUCAAAUUUUGAAAAUACCGAUAAAAAAUAUCAACAAAUAAUUUUACUAUGUAAGCAAGCAAUAUUGUGUUUGGUUGAACCAAGUGAAAAAGCUUAUGUACUUUGUACAAAUAAUUUAUCUGCUAUUAUACAAAAACAUUUAUCACAAGGAUGUAGAUACCAUUUUGAAUCUUCAAGUGAUUCUACAGAGUACUAUAAUGCUUUAUUGGUUGUAAGUCAUUGGGCAAAACUUUUGGUAAAGCAUCAAAAUAUAACUAUGAUUAAAAUGAUUUGUGCUAUACUUGGUUGUGAAAUAAACAAAAUAUUAAUUUUAUCCUAUCCAGAAGAUGUUUUAUCGAAAAGCUAG